UGCCAGAAUAUCUAAAGAAGCUCCUUUCUUUAGAGAGUGAACCUGUAGAUCUGUUGUACAAUCACAAGGGAGGCAUCUCAUCCAUUCCGCGACAGCCCGGUGAUUGCCUCUCUUUCAUAACUGAAGACCUCUCCGUGACGUACAGAGACAUGCUUU